AUGGCGACGGAGAGCGAGCGAAGAUCUUCUGCGGUUUCCGACAUGGGAGCUUGGGCAAUGAAUGUGAUUAGCUCCGUCGGAAUUAUCAUGGCGAAUAAACAGCUAAUGUCUUCUUCUGGUUACGCCUUUAGUUUCGCUACGACUCUUACCGGAUUCCACUUUGCUUUGACGGCAUUGGUCGGUCUUGUCUCCAACGCUACGGGAUUCUCCGCAUCCAAACAUGUCCCUAUGUGGGAGAUUAUUUGGUUCUCAAUUGUCGCCAAUGUCUCCAUUGCAGCCAUGAAUUUCAGUCUCAUGCUCAAUUCCGUCGGCUUCUACCAGAUCUCGAAGCUGAGCAUGAUUCCUGUGGUCUGUGUCAUGGAAUGGAUUCUUAAUAGCAAAAGAUACUCAAAAGAAGUGAAAGCAUCUGUUGUGGUUGUUGUUUUAGGUGUUGGUAUUUGCACUGUUACUGAUGUCAAGGUUAAUGCCAAAGGUUUCAUUUGCGCAUGUGUCGCAAUUUUCUCCUCGUCUUUGCAACAAAUUUUGAUAGGUUCAUUGCAAAAGAAAUAUUCAAUUGGUUCUUUUGAGUUGCUGAGUAAAACAGCACCGAUUCAAGCUCUUUCGCUACUCGUUGUUGGUCCUUUGGUUGACUAUCUCCUCAGUGGAAAGUUCAUUAUGAAAUACAGUAUGUCUUCCGGUUGCUUUCUAUUCAUCCUUCUCUCAUGUGCUCUAGCUGUGUUCUGCAACAUAAGCCAGUACCUUUGCAUCGGGCGAUUUUCAGCAGUAUCGUUCCAGGUUAUAGGUCACAUGAAAACCGUGUGCAUCCUCACACUCGGAUGGCUCUUAUUCGAUUCUGCAAUGACUUUCAAAAACGUGGCGGGCAUGAUUGUUGCCAUUGUUGGGAUGGUGAUCUAUAGUUGGGCCAUGGAAUUGGAGAAACAGUCUAAUAUUGCAGCAAAGGCUUUGAACAGUGUGAAACACAGCUUGACAGAAGAAGAGUUUGAACUUUUGAAGGAAGAUGUAGAAAAUACACAGUUGAAAGAUGUUGAACUUGCCCACACAAAAGCUUAG